AUGAAAGAACUGUCCAUCGAGGACCCGGCGGCGGCGGCGGUGGUGCAGAAGGAGGACGGAAAAGGCAAGGAGAAGGCGAAACCGACCACAUCAGAAGCAGGACCAGAACCAGAACCUACCUCACCACCUCGGGCACGAAGAUCACCCCCAAUCCCCACCAAUCCCGCUUCCGCUCUUGAAAUGUACGAAUCCGCCGUUCACGCCGAAGCCCAGGGAAACCUCUCUGCCGCACUCAAAAAGUACCGAGCAGCCUUCAAACUCGACGCACACGUCGACAACCUCUACCGGAAAGCCCUCAAAGACGGUAAAAUCGGACAGAAACCCGCUGAGGGAGAACAGAAGAAAGACGGGAAAGACGACGAAUACUAUCGCACGAUGCAAACAACCCACGACUACACCGAAAAAGAAAACGCAGAAACCUCCCUCUCCCUCCUCCUCACCAAAUUCCGUCUCGGCGACCUCCUUCUCCAGAAUACCGAAGACCCCACGAUCCCACCAUGUCCCCUCGACCUUCUUCCAAACGAGUUAUUGAUUAAUAUUCUGACGCACGUGGCACUGCUGGAUGUCGCUGCCCUGGGAAGGAUGAGUCGGACGUGUAAGAAGAUGUUCGUGAUGGCGUUCGGGGAGGAGGGGGUUUGGAGGGGAGUUUGUAGGGAGUAUUAUCGGCAUAUGACAUAUGCUGAGCCUGAACCCGAGUCUUCCACUCCUCCUUUCGAUGAGGACGGGGAUUUGGCGAAAUAUGGUGGGAGUUAUUUACAGAUGUUUACGCUCCGCCCCCGUAUCCGUCUCGAUGGGGUCUAUAUCUCGACAUGCAACUACACCCGUCCCGGAGUCAACGAUGGCGCGUGGAAUACUCCUAUCCAUAUCGUCACCUAUUUCCGAUUUUUGAGGUUUUUCGGAGAGGGGAAGGUUGUCAGUGUUUUGACCACGGACGAGCCUCGGGAGGUCGUCGCAGACCUCGGGGUGGAAAAAGAUGACUCGGAGGAAGUAGCCGAAGGGCGCGGAAAGCGGGUACCAUGGGGAACCUGGGCUCUCGACCCCACUUCCUCUGGCCGCCUGCACAUCCACCUCUCUGGUCACGGCAAGUAUUUCUUCGAGAUGGAAUUACAGAUCAAGUCGACGAGCAGGGGGAGACAUAAUAAGUUGGCGUGGGUGCGGUUUGAGAGUGUGAGUAAGGAGACUGGGGAGAGGAUGGAGUUUGGGUUGAGGAAUGAUAAGCCGUAUUUUUUUUCGAGGGUUAGGAGGUAUGGCAGGGGGUGGUAG